AUGACUGAGAAAUACGCAGAAGGUGACCCAUUGGCCGAGCCAGAAAACACCCAACAUCUUGAUCUAUCUAAAUUAUCACCUCAAGAGUUGAAGAUUUAUAGAAUGUAUGGGAAGUUGCCAACAACACAACAAAUUUUGAGCUCGAAAUUCCAUGAUAAAAAGUAUUUCGAUAGCGGAGAUUAUGCUAUGCAGAAGCAGAAGGGCGGUGCAUUAAAGAAUAUUUCAGGUUUAGGUAGUGGCAUCGGUGAAGGUAUUCCUUCGAGGCAUCCGAGUGCUGAAAGGAUGAAGGAAAUGUCAGUGAGGAACAGUAUAAGUGCCAGUAAUGCGCAAAUAUUUGCCAAUGGUAAAAGUGGACUUUUAAACGAGAGCACACCGAAGCCAAGCGAUGGGUUAAAGAAGGCAAAGGAAGAGAGUAACAAAUGA